UCUAUCAUCACGAUGCCCAAUCCUCGACGAGAUUCGUCAUAGAUGAUACCAGCGACGCAUUUUCCGGGGCCCCGUAGCUUUUCCAUUGGCGAGAUGAAGCGAACUAUUGAUUAGAGUCAAGGACUUGGAGAUAAGGACUAGACGGACCCCGGACUGGCAGCGCCGGCUUCAUCAUCAUAAAUGGGAGCCUCGAGAACGCUUUUAUGACUUCGAUGUUGAGCUGCCAUUAUCUGCAUUGAUUUCAUUACCACCACUACCGGUGUAAUCACUUUUCCCACAUUUAGAAAUUUUUUCGUAUCUACCCUGAUACAUUUGCACCUUUAUAUUCCAAAUGGCCGCUGCAGCAGUAUUGCCAGCUCCCGUUGACACUAAGCGGAACUGGACUCCGAUCAUUACGGCACCUGCUGUGUCAACUGUCGGAAAUGAUGCCUUUGAUCCCUCGCGACACCUUGCCUUCAAGGAGACACCGAAGGUGUACACCAUGAAGGAGAUUGGUCUCCCUGAGGAUACUGGCAUCUCUCAGGUCGCUGUUUCAGAGCCGUUCCCUCUAUUCACAGAGGAGGCUGUUAUGAGGAUGAGGCAAGAGGUCCUCAGCCCUGAGGUUCUAAGCAACUGCCAGUAUUCCAGCAACUUGGCACAAUGCCAACUAAGAGGGUUCGCGAAUAAGUACGCACCUUUUGUGUACGACGUAUGGAAAAGCCCGGAGACGCUAGCUAUCAUCUCGAAAGUCGCAGGUAUCGACCUUGUGACUGAGAUGGACUUUGAAAUCGGCCACAUCAAUAUCUCGGUCAAAUCGGAGAAGGAGAAGGAGGAAGAGAUCCAAGCCUUCAACGACCGGGCCCAAUAUGAGGCCGACGAGGGCAUUGCGGGCUGUCCUUGGGAGGAUGACAAGCCCAUUGUGGACUGGCACACGGACAGCUACCCCUUCGUCUGCGUGACCAUGCUUAGUGACUGCACUACUAUGAUCGGAGGCGAGACGGCCCUCCGCACAGGUAACGGAGAGGUCAUGAAAGUGCGAGGUCCUCAAAUGGGCUGCGCGGUGGUGCUUCAAGGUAGAUACAUAGAGCACCAGGCUCUACGAGCACUUGGCACGGCGGAGCGUAUCAGCAUGGUAACUUCGUUUCGGCCACGAUCCCCUAAGGUGCGAGAUGACACGGUCUUAACGACCGUUCGACCCAUCUCCAACCUCUCGGAGCUGUAUAACCAGUUCAGCGAGUACCGCCUUGAGAUUCUCGAGGAGCGUGUCCGACAGCAGUUGAAGGAGCUACGUGAAGCUAACAGUGCCGGUCGCAAGAUUGCAACACGCAAGCUGAAAGCCUUCUUCGAGGAGCAGGAGAAAUUCCUUGCUCAUAUGAACCGUGAAAUGGUCGAUGACGAGAACGUCAUGAUGGGAAGCAUUGACGACAGCCACCUUCUCACGAAGAGCGGCGAGGCGACCGCUAAGAAAGCGGAUUCCAAGUCCAAGAAACGCCCUAGACGUUCCUAAAGAGCGAGCCUAGAAGGGAAUGUGUAUGCAGUUAUACACGUGUGGUUAUAGUUCUAAACUUAAGGUCACAUUAGGCCUGACCUUGUUCUAUUUAGGUACCCGCUAGUAUGAGAUGGUCAUAUGAGCAGCAAGGGGAGAUGAUUAUUUGAAAC